CAGUCUUUGGACUUCAGCAUGAGUACUUCCCAGUGGCUGGCUUGUGCCGCGUUUUCUGUCUUCUGUGUCUCACAAGCCAGCUCUCUGGAUACUUUCGUUGCAGCUGUUUAUGAACAUGCAGUGAUCCAGCCUAAUGUCUCCCAGUCCCCGGUGUCUCACAAAGAGGCACUGGCAUUAAUGAAUCAGAAUCUGGAUGUUUUGGAAGGAGCGAUCACAGCAGCAGCAAAACAGGGUGCACACAUUAUUGUGACUCCAGAAGACGCUAUCUAUGGUAUGCGUUUCAGUAGAGAUGCUAUCUACCCAUACUUGGAAGAUAUCCCAGACCCUCAAGUAAAUUGGAUCCCCUGUAAUGAUCCAGACAGAUUUGGCUACACCCCAGUUCAAGAAAGACUCAGCUGCCUGGCCAAGAACAGCUCUAUCUAUGUUGUGGCAAAUAUAGGCGACAAGAAGCCAUGCAAUGCUAGUGACCUUCAGUGUCCUCCUGAUGGCCGUUACCAGUACAACACUGAUGUGGUGUUUGACUCUGAGGGAAAACUGAUUGCACGGUACCAUAAGCAAAACCUUUUCAUGAGUGAAGAACAGUUCGAUGCACCCAAGGAGCCAGAGUUUGUGACUUUUAACACCCCGUUUGGGAAGUUUGGCAUUUUCACGUGCUUUGAUAUACUCUUCCAUGACCCUGCUGUGGCACUGGUGAGAGAUUUCCAGGUGGACACCAUACUCUUCCCAACAGCCUGGAUGGAUGUUCUCCCACAUUUGACAGCCAUUGGAUUCCACUCAGCUUGGGCUAUGGGCAUGGGGGUCAAUUUCCUUGCAUCCAAUAUACAUCAACCUUUGCAGAGAAUGACAGGGAGUGGCAUCUAUGCACCCGAUUCUCCAAGAGCAUUUCACUACGAUAGGAAGACACAGGAGGGAAAACUCCUCAUCUCUCAGCUGGAUUCCCACCCACACCACCCUGCCGUCAACUGGUCUUCUUAUGCCAGCAGUAUAGAAGUAAUGUCAAUGAGAAACCAGGAAUUUAAGAGCAUUGCCUUUUUUGAUGAGUUCACCUUUGUGGAGCUUAAAGGAAUCACAGGAAAUUACACUGUUUGCCAGAAAGAUCUCUGCUGUCAUCUGAGAUACCAGAUGGCUGAGAAGAGAGUUGAUGAAACUUAUGCCCUUGGGGCAUUUGAUGGGUUGCACACCGUUGAGGGGCAGUAUCAUCUGCAGAUCUGCACUCUGCUAAAAUGUAAGACAACGGAUUUACACACCUGUGGUAGUUCAGUUGACACGGCUUCCACCAAGUUUGCAAUGUUCUCCCUCAGUGGCACUUUCGGAACUCAGUAUGUCUUCCCUGAGGUACUGCUGAGUGAAGUCAAGCUCGCACCUGGAGAAUUUCAGGUGUCAAGUGAUGGACGUUUAUUUAGCCUGGAGCCAACAUCUGGACCUGUGUUAACAGUCACUCUGUUUGGGAGGGUGUAUGAAAAGGAUGGAGUGACAAAUGUUUCCUCAGACUCCCGAACACAUUCACUACUAAUAAUGCUAAUAAUUAUGACACCUAUUAUGCAUGCCUUAUUUUUAUAGAAGAUUUAUGUUUUAUAUUUUAUUUAGGAUAAUUAAAAAUUAAUGGACGAAGGAAAGAUUAAUCUGGGUUUGCCAAUAGUGCCUUUUGGUAUAAAUGUUAACUAAAGUACAUUUCUCUUAAUUUGAACAAGCACAUGCACAUCAGAUAAAUUUCAGGUAAAUUUAUAAAAGUGUGUUUUCACAUUGUUCUAUCUUGAAAAUAAGCUGUUUGGACCAAAUGAGGGUCACAAUGUUUUGUGAAGAAGAAUAAAAAUUAUGGUAAAAAUAUCAUAAAAAAUACUUAUAAGAAGUCUGAAUCCAUUACCACUUUAUUAAGACAGAAACAUUACUCAGUUAGCCUUAAGAUUUCCAAUGAGUUAAUUUUGCUGUUAAUUAUUUAUCUAAAUGAUUGAUAUGUUUCAAUUAUAUUAUGGGCCAAAUACUGUCACUCAAAAUUCUUCUGUUUUUUGAGCAGAGUCUCAUUAUGUAGGCUGGCCUGGAACUUUCUAUGUAGAUGAGGUUGACCUUGAUCUCACAGAGAUCUGCCUGCUUCUGCCUCCUGAGAGUAGGGAUUAAAGGUGUGCACCACCAUGCCUGGCCCUAAAUUCUUAAAUUGAAGUCCUAACUCCAACUCAGAACGGGACUGCUUUUGGAAAUAGGGCAUUUAAAGAGGUAAAAUGAGGUCAGUGGGUGGACUCUAGUCCAAUGUGACUGAUGUCUUCAUAAGAACAGGAGAUUAGGAUACAAAUGUGUAAACACAAAAAAGGCAACCAUUGACAACAAGCAGAGAUGCCUAAGGAGAAAGUAAACCUGAUAACACAUAGAUCUUGAACUUCUCACUCCCAGAAUCUUGAGACAAUAAAUUUCAGUUAUUUAA